AUAAUUUGACAAACCUGAUUCAUCGGCAGCCGAGGCCGUGGCUACGAGUUACUGUGAAGGUAAUUCUUUUUUCCGGCGCAUAUGGUCAUUUCCCGGCCACAACACGUAGGACACAACUUCUUCUUCCUGCCCACUACUAGCUGGCCUCCUCAGAUCAAGACGAGGAUAAGGAUAUUAUCAUAUGAAGCUCCUCUCCGCCCUCCGUUUCAUCCCUCUCAACCGGAAGUACCCGCCGACAUAUACGGACUUCUAAAAGCUUCUUUCUUCCUUUGAAGUGCCAAAAAGAAUGCCAGCUUCUAAAAUCUAAAUAGUAGGGAAUCACUGAGCAGUAAAUUGAGGAUGUCUCCAGUGAUCCAUUGUUCAAUAGGAAAUAUCAAUCUUUUCCCUGGAACUACCUUUUCGCAAACGAAUAUAAUACAAUUUACCAGAUAUAAUGCUUUACAUAAUGCAAAGCGGAUAUUUUAUGCCAGACGAUAUGAUUUUCCUCAACCAUCAUUACAUCAGCCUCAGAUUUACAGAAUUAGCUUUGCUUCUAGACAUGGAUUGAGAAGUCAAACAGUAUCAGCUGUUGGGACAGAUGUAACAGUAGAAGAUCCAAAUCCAGCUGUUUCAGAAGAAGGAGAUGAUGUUGCAGAAGGAUCCUUACCAAGUUCAGUCGAGACAAGCAAAACUGUUCCAUCAAAUCCUGCUAUUACCCCCACCACCAGAGUUAAGCGCCCCAGAUCUGUGAGAAAGAGUGAAAUGCCCCCUGUGAAGGAUGAAGAACUUAUUCCAGGAGCUUCCUUUAUUGGGAAAGUGAGGUCAAUUCAACCAUUUGGUGCCUUUGUAGACUUUGGAGCAUUCACAGAUGGACUUGUUCAUGUUUCAAGAAUAAGUGAUGAUUUUGUCAAAGAUGUUGCAGCUGUUGUUUCCAUAGGACAAGAGGUAAAAGUAAAGGUAGUAGAAGCCAAUAAGGAAACUGGAAGAAUAUCUCUCACCAUGCGCGACGGUGAUGAUACCAUUAAGACACAGCAGAGAAAGGAAACUCCUGCUAAUGGAAGUAGUGAUAAGCCUAGAUCUGUGAGGAAAAAUUCUGUCAGGUCUAAUCAGAAACGUGAUGAGGUGCAAAAGAGUUCCAAGCUUGUGAAAGGCCAAGUUUUGGUUGGCACAGUGAAAAAUACAAUUAGAUCAGGUGCUUUUGUAUCACUACCAGAUGGAGAGGAAGGUUUUCUUCCUGUCUCUGAGGAAUCUGAGGGGUUUGGAAACCUAACGGGUAACUCUUCUCUGCAAGUUGGUCAGGAAGUUAAGGUGCGGGUGUUGCGCAUUUCAAGAGGACAGGCUACUCUAACAAUGAAGAAGGAAGAAGAUGUUGAAUCAAUAAAUAGACAGCUUAAUCAAGGUGUGGUGCAUGUGGCAACUAACCCUUUUGAGUUAGCUUUCCGUCAAAACAAGGACAUAGCUGCAUUUUUGGAUGAGAGAGAAAGAAAACAGAGGGAAAAUUCACGGGUGAUUGAAGAGAAGGUCAAUGAAUCCACUACAUCCAGCGAAGAGGACAAGGUUUGUAUCUCUUCUGAAUCGGAUUUGGGGCUUGACGUUGGAAAAUCAAGACCUGAAGUGAUUCAUGAAGAAGCUUAUAAUUCAGAAUCUGUUCCAGAUGAACAAAUUAGCGGUUAUGUGGAACUUGCAGGUGAAUCACCUCUGGAUGCUAGUUCUAUUCCGAAAACCUCAACUGAAGAUGUGGAUAACUUUGAAACCCUAAAAGAAUCUUCCAACCUAGUUUCUGACGAGCUCUCUGAAAUAGAUGUAGUGGCAGAUUUAGUUUCGGUGGGUUUUACUAAUGAUGAAAGCAUCAGCAGUACUACGAAUUUGAAUUCUGAAAGUUUUGUUGUUGCUGAUGGCUCAUCGAGUAAUGAAGAAGAACAAAAUGUGGUUUCCAAUCAGCCGACCUACAAAGAUAAACUUGAAAUAGCAGCUAUUGAAGUUAAUGGGAAUGUAGGAUUUUCAAAUGCUGAAAGUUCUGUGGCUGAUGGGAUCCCUAUAACUAAUGAAGUUGAAGGAAGCACUAUUCCUGUCAUUACAGUUUCAGAAGGUGAGGAGAAUUUUCAAAAUCCAGAUGCCAAUCAAAAUGGAAUUAAAGAACUUGAAACUUUCAUAACCGUUGAACUGAAGGAAAAUGAAGUUCGUGACUUAUCUGUCACACAAGAUGAGGGAUGUUCUAAGGGAUUAACUAAUGAAGAAAGCCAAAAAAGAGAAUUUUUUACUCCUGAAAAUUUCAUUACCGUUGAGUUCCCUGCAACAAAUGAGGAUAAAGAAACUGAUGAUUCUGCUAUAACUUUCUCAGAAGAAAGUGAUGCUCGUUCAGAAGUGGGGCCUGCCAAAUCUGAAGAAUUUUCUGAACAGGCUAGUGGUGAAAUCUUGGUUUCAGAAGUUGCUCAUGAAGAAAUUGCUAGCAAACAGCCGGAUGUCAUCUUAAUUAAUAGUAAAAUGGAAACAGAAGAGUCUCCAUUAAUUGAGAAUGAAAUAGCCUCUUCCUCAAACGGCAUAAAAAGAGAGGCUUUGACUUUGGAGACUCCAGAGACUUCAGUCGAGAAAUCUGGUAAUCCUGAUCAGGGAAGCGCAGUCAAAGCAACAAUAUCCCCUUCUGUUGUGAAGCAAUUGCGGGAAGAAACUGGAGCUGGUAUGAUGGAUUGCAAGAAGGCUCUUGCAGCAACUGAUGGUGACAUUGUUAAAGCUCAGGAAUUUCUCAGGAAGAAAGGAUUAGCUACUGCAGAUAACAAGGCUAGCAGAUCCACUGCAGAAGGAAGAAUAGGAUCUUACGUUCAUGACAACCGAAUCGGAGUCCUAGUAGAGGUGAAUUGUGAAACAGAUUUUGUUUCUCGAGGGGAGAUAUUCCAGCAACUAGUCGAAGACCUCGCAAUGCAAGUUGCCGCUUGUCCUCAAGUUCGCUGCUUGGUACCCGAAGACAUCCCUGAUGAAAUCGUGAACAAGGAAAGAGAAAUAGAAAUGCAGAAGGAGGAUCUAAUGGCGAAACCAGAGCAGAUAAGAUCAAAAAUUGUUGAUGGUCGUAUUAAAAAGAGGCUUGCAGAGUUUGCAUUGCUUGAGCAACCUUAUAUUAAGAAUGAUAAGCUGGUUGUCAAGGAUUGGGUGAAGCAGACAAUUGCCACACUUGGAGAAAAUAUCAAAGUGAAGAGAUUUGUUCGAUACAAUCUCGGUGAAGGUUUGGAAAAGAAGAGUCAGAAUUUCGCUGCUGAAGUUGCUGCUCAAACUGCAGCAAAACCUUCAUCAUCAGUACUGCAAGAUCAGUCUUCUGCAGCAAAGGAAACUCGUCUUGAGAAACCGCCUACUGCCGUCAUAUCAGCGGCGCUGGUCAAGCAACUUCGCGAGGAAACUGGUGCCGGCAUGAUGGACUGCAAGAAAGCUCUUUCAGAAACUGGCGGCAACCUCGAGAGGGCUCAGGAGUAUCUUCGCAAAAAGGGUCUUUCAUCUGCUGAUAAAAAAUCUUCCAGACUGGCUGCAGAAGGCCGGAUUUCGUCUUAUGUCCAUGACUCUCGCAUUGGUUGCUUGAUUGAAGUUAACAGUGAGACGGACUUUGUCGGGCGGAAUGAGAAGUUCAUUGAGCUGGUUGAUGACCUGGCAAUGCAGGUGGUGGCGUGCCCACAGGUAGAGUUUGUUUCAGUGGAGGAUAUACCUGAAAGCCUUGUGAACAGGGAGAGAGAAGUAGAGAUGCAACGAGAAGAUUUGCAGUCUAAACCUGAGGUGAUAAGAGAGAAGAUAGUUGAAGGAAGGAUAUCUAAGAGGUUAGGAGAGCUUGCUCUGCUGGAACAAACAUUUAUCAAAAAUGACAGUUUGUUGGUGAAGGAUUUAGUGAAGCAAACAGUAGCUGCUCUUGGUGAAAAUAUCAGAGUAAGGAGGUUCAUUCGCUACACCCUUGGGGAAGUUCAGGAUUGAGAGAGAGAGAGAGAGAGAGAGAGAUAAAUAUGUACUUGGAGGAGGAAGAAUAGUUUUAAUGACUGGGGUGAUGCAAAAUGGUCUAUUUUUGCGGUUCGGGUAAUUUGGUGAUGAGGUUGAUGAUAUUGUAAGUUAUUAUAACUUGUACUCAAUCAGCCCAAUGAUCUUUUUGGCAAAUGGAAUAGAAAAAUUUGCUAUU